AUGUCCAUUAGAGAACUAUACCAUGAGAGGACUUCCCCAUUUAUAUCACUGGAAUUUUUCCCACCAAAGACCGAGUUAGGGACAAGUAAUUUGAUGGAACGUAUGCAUCGUAUGACUGCCCUAGAUCCGCUGUUUAUCACCGUCACAUGGGGAGCUGGAGGCACCACUGCAGAGAAGACUCUGGCAUUAGCUUCCCUGGCACAACAGGCAUUAAAUAUACCGGUUUGUAUGCAUUUAACUUGCACGAACACUGACAAAACCAUCAUUGAUGAUGCGCUGAAUAGAUGUUAUAGUGCGGGAAUCAAAAACAUUUUGGCACUUCGAGGCGAUCCACCUAUUGGAGAAGACUGGCUAGAUUCACAAUCAAAUGAGUCUCCUUUCAAGUACGCAGUCGAUUUAGUCCGCUACAUCAAACAAAGUUAUGGGGACAAAUUCUGCGUAGGGGUCGCCGCCUAUCCUGAAGGACAUUGCGAAGGCGAGGCAGAAGGUAACGAGCAAGAUCCAUUAAAAGAUAUGGUAUAUUUGAAAGAGAAGGUUAACGCUGGGGCAGAUUUUGUAAUUACACAACUGUUUUACGAUGUUGAGAAAUUUUUAUCUUUUGAGUUAUUGUUUCGUGAACAAAUAUCGCAAGAUUUACCUCUGUUCCCUGGAUUAAUGCCUAUCAACUCUUACUUAUUAUUCCACAGAGCUGCUAAAUUGUCACACGCAUCCAUUCCACCUUCGAUACUGAACAGAUUUCCCCCCGAGAUCCACUCGGAUGACAAUGCUGUGAAGUCUAUUGGUGUAGAUAUUAUUAUUGAAAUAAUACAAGAAAUAUACCAGAGGACAUCGGGAAGAAUCAAAGGAUUUCAUUUCUACACUUUGAAUUUAGAGAAGGCCAUUGCCCAAAUUGUUUCACAAUCGUCUGCCUUAUCGCAUAUUAUAAACGAAUCUAGUGAAGAAGAAGUAGAAGAUGAAACCGGCGGCGAGAUAGAAAGCAUAGAGAAUGUGCCGAUUGAGGAUGCUGAUGGGGAUAUUGUACUGGAUGACUCAAAUGACGACGCUGCUGAAAACAGAAAGAGAAGAAGACAUUCCAGUCUUGAUUCUUCCAAGAUGAUUUUCAAUAGGGCCAUUGUAACUGAGAAGGGCUUAAGGUAUAAUAAUGAGAGUGGUUCUAUGCCGUCAAAAAAGGCAUUGAUUUCUAUUUCCAGGGGCCACGGUACUUUAGGCCGUGAUGCCACCUGGGAUGAGUUCCCCAAUGGUAGAUUCGGUGAUUCCAGAUCUCCUGCAUAUGGUGAGAUAGAUGGUUAUGGGCCAUCCAUCAAAGUGAGUAAAAACAGAGCACUUGAACUGUGGGGGACGCCCGAGGCAGUUGGUGAUUUAAAAGAUAUUUUCAUCAAAUAUUUGGAAGGCUCAACUGAUGCGAUUCCAUGGUCCGACUUGGGACUAUCGGCAGAAACGGCGUUGAUUCAAGAAGAACUCAUUCAAUUGAAUUAUCGCGGGUAUUUGACGUUGGCAUCUCAACCAGCCACAAACGCUACAUUGAGCAGUGACAAAAUAUUCGGAUGGGGGCCCGCGAAGGGAAGGUUGUACCAAAAGGCGUUUGUUGAGAUGUUCAUUCACAGACAGCAAUGGGAAACCACCCUAAAGCCCAAGCUGGACCAUUAUGGACGUAGGAAGUUCAGCUACUAUGCGGGCGAUUCUUCCGGCUCAUUUGAAACGAACCUGGAUCCGUAUAGUUCUAGUGUUGUGACAUGGGGCGUUUUCCCCAACAGUCAAGUGAAACAGACUACAAUAAUCGAGGAGGAAUCGUUCAAGGCAUGGAGAGAUGAGGCGUUUAGUAUCUGGUCUGAAUGGGGCAAGCUGUUCCCAAGAAACACCCCAGCCAAUAUUCUUUUAAGACAAGUCCAUAGAGAUUACUGUCUUGUUUCCAUUGUUCACCAUGAUUUCAAAGAGACAGACGAACUAUGGGAGAUGCUACUAGACCAAGUGUAA